AUGCCUGGGCUCUCGUCAUUGGUAUCUCGACAUCUCGACACAGCCGAUGCCAUUUUCCCAGGAACGAGACAUCACUCACUCAAGAAAGUUCUACAACAAUAUCAAGAGGAGGUCAAUGUCAACCGCGAAAGCAAAGGAAGGCCCAUUACGAAGACAACCGAGAAUCUUGCCACAGAGGUUCGUGCUUACGAUUUCGUAAAAAAUCGUCUCGAGGCCGAAAACCACAACAGACAAAAGAAUACAUCCUACAUGUACAACAAUACAAAUCUUCGAUUAUCUCAAACUAUCAAGAACAAAACUGAUCACAAGUCGAACAAGCCUGGACGAAAGUUUGCGUUGAAGCUCCCGAGCAAGACAAAACAUGUCCAGACGUACGAGAAUAUAACAAUCAACGAUCCAUCAAUUCUCAAACUACGAGACAUGGGGGUUUCUAUUUCGGAGAGUGAGAUGAACAAAAUUCCAACUUGGGCUGAAAUCACGGAUCAUCUGGGCAAAGAGCCCGUGAUUCUCGGCCUCGAGACCUGCGAAGCAUACCGCAAGGCCGUGGCUGCCAAAGAUCGUUACGUGGCUCCGACUGGUCAAUUCAAUACGGGAACCAACCUGCUUCCUAUUGCACUCGAUUACAACUGCCAGCUUCCUCGCAAAUCAAAGCUCGCCACGGUUCCGUGGGGCAAACAUAAUUUGGUGCAAGCGCGUCUCGACGGCUACCGUAUCAACAAAACGCAGUACGACAACUAUCGCAAUGAAGACGUACUCCCCGUCGUCAUGGUUCGGCAUCCUCUAUCUUGGAUGUUUAGUACUUGUGUCCAUUCAUAUUCGGCUCACUGGGCGCACACCCUUGACAAUUGCCCUCACUUGACAAAUGGCACCAGUGAUGGCGCCGCUCUCAACCCAGUCCACAUGAAAUAUGGGUAUCAUCCUCCCAAUCAAAAGUAUCAUCGAUAUGAUAGCUUGAUUCACAUGUGGCUGCAUUGGUAUCAGGGUUAUUCCAAACCAGAUCUUCCUUUUCCACGGCUCGUGGUCAGACUCGAAGAUCUGGUGUACCACCCGGACAAAGUCGUGAAAUCCAUUUGCACUUGUGCCGGCGGGAGACUUCGCCACUCCAAAGUGUACAUGCCAGAAGAGAGUGUCAAGGUUCAGAUGGAUCGAUCUCGUGAGAAAAAGGGGAUGAACGGAACGUUGGCAAAUGGCAGGGAAACUGCAGGGUUCUUGAAAGCUUGGAUCGAUCAUGCGUCCACGGGAUCCUUGUGGCAGCGAAUGACACCGAUGGAUCAACAUUUUCUUCUGAAGAUGUUAAGGGACGAUCCUUCCAACCAAAUGAAACUGUUCCAUUACAAAAUAUAG